AUGGAAGAAGAAGAAGAAGAAGAAGAAGAAGAAGAAGAAGAAGAAGAAGAAGAAGAAGAAGAAGCUCAAAUAAUUUCAACAAAAGCAAAAAAUGAAAAUCUCCAAAAUCAUCCAAUUUAUAACUUGAAUCUUAGCUUAUGCAGCAAUGAUUUUGAAGAGCAAGACGACUAUGAUCCAAAAGUCGAUCUUAUCGGUGGAUACAACAAGGAUAAAAAUCCAAUUAUUUCAGAUGAAAAAAGUAGUCCACAAGCGGCUAGUAAUAUCAAUGUUGAGAGAUUGGGAGAAGCAAGGAUUUUCUCAUGCAACUAUUGCCAAAGGAAAUUCUACAGCUCCCAGGCACUUGGAGGCCAUCAAAAUGCACACAAAAGAGAGAGGACGCUAGCGAAACGCGGCCAUCGGAUGAUGACUUCAGCAACAUUUGGUAAUUAUCAUCUCCCUCAACAUUUCUACAAGAGCAACAGACCAUUAACAACAUCAUCAUCAUACCCUAGCAAUAUUUCAGCCCUUCCUCUUUAUGGCUUAUAUUAUAAUAAGCACAACGGCAACAACAAUAAUCUUAGACCUCUAGGAAUACAAGCUCACUCAUUGAUACAUAAACCAUCUUAUGGAUCAAGGGUUCCUAUGAUUGAUCAGCAACCAGCAAUUGGGCGUCUUGCAAUGGGCUCAUCACCUCCAUCAUCUUCUUCAAAUAAUAUCGCUGGGCCUGGCGGCCAUGGUGUUGCACGGUUUGACAGGUUCAUCAUCACAAGAAUAAUUCUCAGCCAUUGGAUAGAAAUAAUAAGAUUGGAGGAGGUCUUUGUUGGAAGGAAACUGUCAAUGUUCUUAAGACUAGUCUUAAACAAGAUCAUGAUCAUUUGCAUAAGCUUGACUUAUCUCUUAAGCUUUAAUGCAUGCUAACCCGUUCACUUUUAGUUGUCAUACUUUGACUAAAAAUGUAAGAGCUUUUUGGUCAAACUAUUACAAUCAAGUAAAAGUGAACGCAUGAAGUUCAUGUUGUUUAGCCUUAGUUUGAUUGGAAUUUAUUUCAUAUAUAUAUAUAAAUAUAUUUUUUUGUUUUUAAUA